AUUAUUAUUACACGUUAAACAACUCAUCACUACACAAAACCUAAAACUAAGGAGAGAAACAAAGAAAGUGUCUCCUCUUCAUUCUCACACUCUUUUAAGCUUCCCCUUCCUCAUUAAACAUUAUUUAAUUCUCACCACAUCCUCCCAACAAUGAGCCGAAGAGAGAUCGAAAUUAUGGAUCGAAACGGGUCAUCGAAGAACAACCCGAUCGAAGAUCCGAACUACGAAGAUUCACAGUCGAAGAAAAUGAAGAAGAACGAAGAAGAACACGUGGAAUCUGUGGAGAUGGUGUUCGAGUCGAAAGAGGUUCCGACAUGGCAGAAACAGCUGACGGUUAGGGCAUUUGUAGUGAGCUUUGUGUUGGGUAUUUUGUUUAGUUUCAUUGUCAUGAAACUCAAUCUCACUACUGGUAUUAUCCCGUCGCUAAAUGUUUCUGCUGGUCUUUUGGGGUUCUUCUUUAUUAAAAUAUGGACGAAGUUUAUGAGUAAAGCUGGUAUUUUGAAACAACCUUUUACUAGACAGGAAAAUACCGUCAUUCAAACUUGCGUUGUGGCCACCUCCGGUAUUGCUUUUAGUGGUGGAUUCGGAAGUUACUUAUUCGGAAUGAGCGACGUGGUAGCUAGACAAUCAACAGAAUUAAAUAAUGCACAGAAUAUAAAGAAUCCAUCACUGGGAUGGAUGAUUGCCUUUCUGUUUGUUGUUAGCUUUCUUGGCCUUUUUUCUGUUGUGCCUCUUAGAAAGAUAAUGAUCAUAGACUUCAAAUUGACAUACCCAAGUGGAACUGCUACUGCUCACCUUAUCAACAGUUUCCAUACCCCUCAGGGUGCCAAGUUAGCAAAGAAACAAGUUAGAGAAUUGGGCAAGUUUUUCUCAUUCAGUUUCUUCUGGGGUUUCUUCCAGUGGUUUUUCACUGGUGGAGAUGACUGUGGAUUCGUCAACUUCCCAACUUUUGGUCUCGAGGCCUAUCAACACAAGUUUUAUUUUGAUUUCUCUGCUACAUAUGUGGGUGUGGGAAUGAUCUGCCCAUACCUCAUAAACAUUUCUCUACUGGUUGGAGCAGUACUGUCAUGGGGCAUAAUGUGGCCUCUCAUUGAUACUAGAAAAGGUGUUUGGUAUCCUGCUGACCUUAGCCCAAGCAGUCUUCAUGGACUUCAAGGUUAUAAGGUUUUCAUAGCCAUAGCUAUGAUCCUUGGUGACGGUGCAUACAACUUCGUCAAAGUUCUUGGCCGCACACUAUUUGGCAUAUACCAACAAGUCAAAACUAAAGACACCGUUCUCCCAGUCGAUAAUUCCCCUUCAAGUUCAACCUCUCCAUCUAUAUCAUACGACGAUCAAAAGCGAACGGAACUCUUUCUCCGAGACCAAAUUCCGGCAUGGUUCGCCAUUUCCGGCUAUGUCAUCAUCGCCAUAAUCUCCAUAGUCACAGUUCCUCACAUCUUCACUCAGCUCAAAUGGUAUCACAUUGUCGUCAUUUACAUAAUAGCCCCAGUUUUAGCCUUUUGCAAUGCUUAUGGCUGCGGGCUAACAGAUUGGUCACUCGCGUCAACUUACGGAAAGCUAGCCAUUUUCACCAUCGGUGCAUGGGCCGGGGCUUCUCACGGCGGUGUUCUUGCUGGCUUAGCAGCUUGUGGUGUGAUGAUGAACAUUGUCUCUACAGCUUCUGACCUUAUGCAAGAUUUCAAAACUGGUUACAUGACAUUAGCUUCACCUCGGUCCAUGUUUGUCAGCCAAAUUAUCGGAACUGCAAUGGGUUGUGUGAUUUGUCCGUGUGUUUUCUGGCUUUUCUACAAGGCCUUUCAUGAUCUCGGCCUUCCGGGUUCUCAAUAUCCUGCCCCAUACGCCCUCGUUUAUCGGAACAUGGCGAUUCUCGGUGUCGACGGAUUUUCGGCCUUGCCCAAGAACUGUCUCGUAUUGUGCUACAUUUUCUUCGCGGCUGCUGUUGUUAUUAAUGGGAUAAGAGACGGAGCCGGAAAGCGAGUUGCUCAAUUUAUUCCGAUUCCAAUGGCAAUGGCGAUUCCGUUUUAUCUCGGAGGGUAUUUCGCUAUCGAUAUGUGCGUCGGAAGCUUGAUUUUGUUCAUUUGGAGGAAGGUUAAUAGGGCAAAGGCCGACGCGUUCGGACCGGCUGUAGCUUCGGGGUUGAUUUGUGGCGAUGGAAUUUGGACUUUGCCGAGCUCUAUAUUGGCUUUGCUAGGUGUUCAGCCACCGAUCUGCAUGAAGUUCUUGUCGAGCAAGCAAAAUACAAAGGUGGAUGCUUUCUUACAAGGCUAGAUGAACUAGAUUUGAUAUAUGUUUUUAAUGUUUUUACUUCUGUUUUGUUUCUAUGUAGUGUUUGCCUUAAUGUCUUGAUGCAAUUGUAUAUGUUUAUGUAGUUAUUUCAGUAGUAUUAAUUUGCCAGACAUUUACGGGUAUUGUAAACUCACAAAAUAUUAUCUUAGUCUCAA